AUGUGCGUUAACACCGACGGCUCAGUGAAGCAACCAGGAUCAGAAGCAGCUGGAGGGGGCAUCAUCCGGGACUGGACGGGGAAGUGCAUGGGAGCCUUUGUGGAGAACUUGGGAGUGUGCACGAUAACCCGAGCAGAGAUCAUGGCGGCCAUUCGUGGCUUGCAGAUGGCGUGGGAGUACGGAUACAGGAAAGUCUUACUUUAG